AGGUGUCUUACAUGCCAAAACGAAUGGUCCCAGCCAGGGGGCGGCGGGAAGGAGUCCACACCAUGGGCGCACCGCAGACUCAUACACCCCCCCACUUCUUUGUCCGAAGAGCCUCCAGUCGGGCACCUCGCUAUAGUCUCGGGGUUUUACCGAGGAUACGGACGGGUCGUGGCCUUCUCCGUUACAACUGCGACGUGAGAAGAUAGAGGGGAGCAAGGGACGUGAGCUCGCGAAAGCCGUCUUAACUUUCUUCCAAAGGCUACCCUGCCAAUACGGCGGGCUGCUCAACAAAGUGGGGAAACAACCCGUUACGAGAGGGCCAACGAGUUACUUAUCGCCAAGCCCCAGCCUCUCCGGAGUCUUUCUUCCAUAAAGAUGGGAGUCCUCGCUGCACACCUCCCAAUGCCUCCACCACGCCGCCCCCGCCUCUUCUCUCCUCUCUCUCUCUUUCUCGCUGUCCUAACAACAAACGACUGAUUGUCCUUUCUUAAUCUGUUUGUGUCUCUCCCGGCCAUCACAGCAAUCUUAAUCAACCGUUAGAUUUGUCUCAAAGGCUCUCUGACACUGAGUAAAGCAGAGUUUGUGUGUGUUGUGUGUGUGUGUGUGUGGUGUGUGUGUGUGUGUGUUGUGGGGUGUGUGUGUGUGUUGUGUGUGUGUGUCGUGUGUGUGUGUGUGUGUGUUUGAGUGUGUGGUGUGUGUGUGGUGUGUGUGUGUGUUUGUGUGUUUGUGACUGUAGUGUGUGUGUGUGGUGGUGUAGUGUUAUGUGUGUUGUGUGUGUGUGUGUGUGUGAUGUGCUCCUACUUCGGGCAUGCUGAUAACAGUGUGUGCUGGCGUGGCAGACAUCGGCCUUCUGAGAGAACUUAACACAUUCACAUCAUAUUCCAUCCCCAACGCCAAGCCAAUAAGGCUUCUUAACCUCUAACACACUCUCUCCCUCUUUCACGGACGGACGGAUGCGCCCACACACACACACAGUCCAUGUAGAUUAGCUGACGGCUAUAGUUCCUUGGUUUGGCCCCUGUCAGCAGUAAGAGGAUCUAUAGAGGAAGUCUGAGUCCAAAAUGGUACCCUAUUCCCUAUAUAGUGGCACUAACCCCUAGAGCUCUGCUUAAACGAUCGAGGGACUAGACGGGCAUAGGGUUCCAUUUGGGAUGCAGACGAAGUUCAUUUGGGUAAUAGUACUUUUGGCCGAACCUUGAUUUUUUUCACGUACUUAUGUAUUCAUCAAGACAAGACAGAAUCCAUUCCAGAUCCACAUUGGAAUGGAAGCAGUAUCUCUUUCUCUCUCUAUCACUCUAUAUCUCUAUAUAUCUCUCUUGAUCUCAUUUCUCUUCUAAUCACUCUUUUAUCUCUCUUCUCUAUAUAUGUCUCGCUCUCGACUAAAGCCGCAGUUUACUCAUCUGAACAAAUUCACUUUCUAUGUUGGGUUGCUCACUGUCGUUCAGUCAUCAUAAUACAGUUAUUGGAAAAUAUUAUCAGACCCCCCCAAACCCUUUAGACUUUGUUUCCACAUUUUGUGUUAUCGUUACCAACAACACCAUCCUUAUCUAAAAUGGAUUAAAAAAUCGUUUUUUGCUGUCAUCAAUCUACACACACUAACCCAUAAUGACAAAAGCAAAAACAGGUUUUUCGAAUUUUUUGCCAAAUGUAUAAUAUAUAUCUAAUAAUCAUUUUCUUAAUCUAGGCGCACAUUUACACCAGUCUUCAGACCCCUUUACUCGUACUUUUAUUGAAGCAUGCACCUUUGGCAACGAUUACAACUACCAAACACCCCUUACAAGCCUUUAGUCCUUCUUGGGUAUUACGCUACAACUACAAGCUUGGCUCCCUUCUUCUCUGCAGAUCACUCUCAAAAGCUCUUCCUGUUGGAUGGGGAGUGUCGUUGCAAAGCUAUUUUCCAGGUCUCUCCAAGAUGUUCAUCGGUUCAAGCCCGGGCUCUGGCUGGGGCAUCUCAAGGACAUUCAGAACUUCUCCCUAACCACUCCUGCAUGUUCUUGGCUGUGUGCUUCGGUCGUUGUCCUGUGGAAGGGAACCUUCGCCCCGCGGGGUCCUGAGCGCUCUGGAAGCAGGUUUUCAUCAAGGAUCCUCUCUGUACUUUAGGCUCCGUUAUCUUUCCGCGAUCGAUCCUUACUAUAUUCUGCACCGUUCAUCUCACCUCCCAGAAUGCCCUUCGCAAUGACAGAGAAGAAUCUUGUCAAUAACUACCUCGCAGCACCCGCAAGCCCGGAAAGAAUAACGAACAAAAAACUGCCAUUGCAUUCUAUCGCAACCCUUCAUUGGACCAUAGCUUCACCCGUAUUGAUGUGCCGCCCAGGUUUCCUCCAGACGUUACGCUUGUCCUUUCGCCAAAUGAUUUCAAUCUGGUUUCAUCAGACCAGAUAAUCUUUUUCUCAUGUCUGAGCGUCUUUAUGUUCCUUUUUGGGCAAACUCCAAGCGGAGGCCUUCAUGUUCCUUUUACUGAAGAGGAGUGUCUUCCGGCUGGCCACUCUACCAUCAAUUCUGAUUGGGUGGAGUGGCUGCAUCGUGGUUGUCCUUUCUGGAGGUUCUCACCAUACCUUCCCAUAGGAAGAACUCUGUAGUAGCUUUGUCAGAGUGAACUCUCCAAUUUACCAUUCCGAGGUUCCUUGGUCAGAAAAAAAGAGAGGAUGGGGAGACGGGGGAAAACAGAAGAGAAGGGAUGGGGGAAGACAGAGAGGGAGAGAAUGGAUACAGGGGGAAAAAACACUACGCUUCUGAAAAAUUAUUCCCCAGCUCCUUCCCAAACCUUCCCCCACCUUCCCUCACUUCCCUCUCCCUUCCCCUACUUUUUUCCUCUCCUUCACCUCCUUCCCCUCCUUCCCCCCCCUUCCCACACCUUCCCACACCUUCACUCCCCUUUCCCCCACUUCCCCCCUUCCCCUUUCCCUCAAAUUUCCCCACCUUUCCCUCCCUUCCCCCCACCUUCCCCCCCCCUUCCCCUCCCCUUACCCUCCCUUCCCCCACCUUCCCCCAACUUCCCCCCCCUUUCCCCCUCCUUUUCCCCCACCUUCCCCUCUCUCUCUAGCCCCGGGCUGCAAAAGGGAACCUCUCGUCUACAACUUCACUUUUAACAGAGUUGGCCGACUAGACUUGGAUUUUUGGUGGUGGGGGUUUUUGUGUUGUUUGUGGUGUUGCGCGUUUGCUUUCUUCUCUUGCUUUUCCCCCAAAAUCCCCAAAAACCCUCCCCUUCCCCCCCUCUCUUCUCCCCCCUCCAUCCCCCCCCCCCCCCUUUUCUUGGCCCCCUCUUUUUCCCCCCCCCCCCUCUUUCCCCCCCCCCCCUCUCUCCCUCCCCCAUCCUCCCCUCGUUCCUCUCUCCUCUUUCUCUCUGUCUAAAACCCCAAAACUGAUUUUCCUUUCUUUAAAAUGUUUGUUUCUCCCGGCCAAUCACAUCUAAAACAACCUUAGAAAUUGGGCUCAAAGGGUAUCGACACUGAGUAAAGAGAGUUUUGGGUGUGUGUGUGGUGUUGUGUGUGUUUGGUGUGUUGUGUGUUGGGGGUGUGUGUGUUUUGUGUGUUGUGGGUUUUUGUGUGUUGUUGUGUGUGGGGGUUGUGUGUGUGUGUUGGGGGUGUGUUGUGUGGGGUUUUGGUGGGGUUGUGUGGUGUGUGGUUGUGUUGUCCGUCCCCCGGGCCCGUGUCCGGGUUUUUGGCGGUGGCCGCUGGCCUUCUGACAAAAACCGCCCAGUUUUACCCCCCGCCUCACAACUCCCCCCCACGGACAGGAUGGCCCACACCACACACAUCCAUGUAAAUUCUACGGCUAUAGUUUUUCCUGGUUUUGGCCCCUUUCCAGCAUUAAAAGAUCUUAGAGGAGCCCGAUUUCCCAAAAUGGUACCCUAUUCCCUAUAUAGUGCACUACCCAUAGAGCUCUGCUUAAACGUAGGGGACUAUGGAGGGAAUAGGGUUCCAUUUGGGAUGCAGACGAAGUUCAUUUGGGUAAUAGUACUUUUGGCCGAACCUUGAUUUUUUUCACGUACUUAUGUAUUCAUCAAGACAAGACAGAAUCCAUUCCAGAUCCACGUUGGAAUGGAAGCAGUAUCUCUUUCUCUCUCUAUCACUCUAUAUCUCUCUAUAUCUCUCUUGAUCUCUUUCUCUCUAUCACUCUUUAUCUCUCUUUCUCUAUAUAUCUCUCUUUCUCUCUAACUCUGUCUGUGUUGCUCACUGUCUCUAGGCAUAUAUACAGUAUAUUCGGAAAAUAUUCAGACCCCUUGACUUUUUUCCACAUUUUGUUACGUUACAGCCUUAUUCUAAAAUGGAUUAAAUCGUUUUUUGCUGUCAUCAAUCUACACACAAUAACCCAUAAUGACAAAGCAAAAACAGGUUUUUAGAAUUUUUUGCAAAUGUAUAUAUAUAUAUAUAUAUAUAUUUUGUUAUAUAUAGCACAUUUACACAAGUAUUCAGACCCUUUACUCAGUACUUUAUUGAAGCACCUUUGGCAACGAUUACAGCCUUUAGUCUUCUUGGGUAUGACGCUACAAGCUUGGCUCCCAUUCUUCUCUGCAGAUCCUCUCAAGCUCUGUCAUGUUGGAUGGGGAGUGUCGUUGCAAAGCUAUUUUCAGGGUCUCUCCAAAGAUGUUCGAUCGGGUUCAAGCCCGGGCUCUGGCUGGGCAUCUCAAGGACAUUCAGAGACUUCUCCCGAAGCCACUCCUGCAUUGUCUUGGCUGUGUGCUUAGGGUCGUUGUCCUGUUGGAAGGUGAACCUUCGCCCCAGUCGGAGGUCCUGAGCGCUCUGGAGCAGGUUUUCAUCAAGGAUCUCUCUGUACUUUGCUCCGUUCAUCUUUCCCUUGAUCCUGACUAGUCUCCCAGUCCCUGCCUCUGAAUAACAUCCCCACAGCAUGAUGCUGCCACCACCAUGCUUCACCGUAUUGAUGGUGCCAGGUUUCCUCCAGACGUGACGCUUGGCAUUCAGGCCAAAGAGUUCAAUCUUGGUUUCAUCAGACCAGAUAAUCUUGUUUCUCAUGGUCUGAGAGUCUUUAGGUGCCUUUUGGCAAACUCCAAGCGGGCUAUCAUGUGCCUUUUACUGAAGAGUGGCUUCCGUCUGGCCACUCUACCAUAAAGGUCUGAUUGGUGGAGUGCUGCAGAGAUGGUUGUCCUUCUGGAAGGUUCUCCCAUCUCCACAGAGGAACUCUGUAGCUUUGUCAGAGUGACCAUCAGGUUCUUGGUCACCUCGUUGACCAAGGCCCUUCUCCCCUGAUUGCUCAGUUUGGCAAGGCGGCCAGCUCUAGGAAGAGUCUUGGUGGUUCCAAACUUCUUCCAUUUAAGAAUGAUGGAGGCCACUGUGUUCUUGAGGACUUUCAAUGCUGUAGACAUUUUCUGGUACCCUUCCCCAGAUCUGUGCCUCGACACAAUCCUAUCUCGGAGCUCUACAGACAAUUCCUUCGACUUCAUGGCUUUGGUUUUGCUCUGACAUGCACUGUCAACAGUGGGACCUUAUAUAGACAGCUGUCUGCCUUUCCAAAUCAUGUCCAAUCAAUUGAAUUUAGCACAGGUGGACUCCAAUCAACUUGUAGAAACAUCUCAAAAAUGAUCAAUGGAAAAUGGAUUCACCUGAGCUCAAUUUCUAGUCUCAUAGCAAAGGGUCUGAAUACUUGCUUUGCCAUUAUGGGGUUUUGUGUGUAAAAAAUAAUAAUAUAUAUAUACAUGUAGAUAUAUUUUAUCCAUUUUAGAAUAAGGCUGUAAAGUAACAACAUGUGGAAAAAGUCAAGAGGUCUGUAUACUUUCCGAAUGCACUGUAUAAAUGCCUAGAGACAGUGAGCAACACAGACAGAGUUAGAGAGAAAGCGAGAUAUAGAGUGAUAGAGAGAGAGAAAGAGAUACUGCUUCCAUUCCAAUGUGGAUCUGGAAUGGAUUCUGUCUUGUCUUGAUGAAUACAUAAGUACAUGAAAAAAAAAACCUGAAUGUUAUUUGGACAAUUGAAUGUGUGUGUGUUGUACUUUCCCUUCAGUAUGCAGCAUCACAUUUCAUUACAUCAUUGUAUCAUUGCACUAAAAUCAGGCUCAUUGCACCAUCGGACAGGAAUAGCUUUUUCAGAGAUUUAUUUGAUCAAAUGCAAACGUGUAGUGUAUUUUAGUUUUUAAAAGGCUUCUAAAGUUUAUUUUCCACUUUGAAAUUGCAUACUUGAUUUCCCCUAAUGAAAAAUUAAUCAGCCCCUAAAAAAAUGUCCAUUAAUUAUAAUCCACAUAGCAAUUAACAUUUCCUGUUGCUGCAGAAUUAUUUUCUUGCUGUAGUAAACUGGCUCAAAUUAAGAUCCUACAUCUGUACACACUGCAGAGGCACGAACACUGAUGAAAAGCAUGAUUCAGGUGAGAGAACUCACCGUGGGAAUGGAGCGGAGGAGGAGAGGGGGGUGACAAAGAGCGCGUGGGCCGGAGAGUUUCCUGCACGAAAGGUGUGAUGAUGUAAUUGUGUUCUGAGAGAGAGAGAGAGGAUGAGAUAGGAGAAGAGAUGAGGAGAUAGAUAGAUAGAGGAGAGAGACGAGAGAAGAGAUAUAAGAGAGAGAAGAGAAGAGGGAGACUCAAAGAGAGCUCAGCGAGAGAGAAACAUAGAGGCAGAGAGACAUAAAGAGAGCGAGAGAGAGAGAGAGAGAGAGAGAGAGAGAGAGACAUAGAGGCAGAGAGAGCGAGAGACAUAUGAGCGUGCAUGUGUCUGUUAGUUAAUCUCAAGCCUGAGAAUCACCCACUACACCAUUAGAUAUAACCACCCAAUUAUACCCACAAUUACAUACCACCCUCUAUCUUAUACCACCCGAGAUAGACCACCCGAGAUAGACCACCCUAAGAUACCACACGAGAAAGCAACCCGAGAGAUACCACCCUAUAUAUACCACCCUAUAUAUACCACCCUAUAUAUACCACCCUAUAUACCACCCUAUAUAUACACAGCACUAUAUAUACCACCCUAUAUAUACACACAACACCAUAUAUAUACUGUAUAUAUAUAUACACACACCACUCUAUAUAUACCACCCUAUAUAUACCACCCUAUAUACACACACCACUCUAUACAUACCACCCUAUAUACAGCUCUGGAAAAAAUUAAGAGACCACUGCACAUUUUUCUUAAAUCAGCAUCUCUACAUGUAUGACAGCCACUCCAUUCCAGUGUCUGUUGAAUUACAACACAGGCACACCUCAUUCUACUGAAUUAGGUACUGAUUAGGUGAUCACCUGAACCUAAUCUUAUUUAAUGAGGAAAAGUAUAAAAACCACUGCUGUGGUCAUCACUAUCCUCUUGCAAUAGGACCAGCUGGAUGGCAAAAACAGUGCUAAUAGUACCUCAAACGUAAUAUUAAUCAAAAAAUAACUAUUGACCUUGCCAAAAGAGUUGAAAAGGAACGUUUUGAGUGAGGAAAAGAAGGGUUCAAUUCUGGCUUUACUGGCAGAGGGAUACAGUGAGCGUCAGGUUGCUUCCAUCCUUAAAAUUUCAAUGAUGGCGGUUCAUAAGAACAAGGUCAAGCAGCAGACAUUGGGGACAACAAAGCUACAGACCGGCAGAGGGCGAAAACGACUCUCUACUGACCGGGAUGACCGCCAAUUCAUUCAAAUGUCCCUCAACAACCGUAGGAUGACAUCAAGUGACCUACAAAAAUAAUGGUAAACGGCAGCUGGGGUGAAGUGCACGGCGAGGACGGUUCGAAACAGGCUCCUAGGGGCAGGGCUGAAGUCGCGCAAAGCUAGAAAAAAGCCCAUCUUCAAUGAGAAGCAAAGAAGAGCCAGGCUGAGGUUUGCAAAAGACCAUAAGGAUUGGACCGUAGAGGAUUGGAGUAAGGUAAUCUUCUCUGAUGAGUCCAAUUUUCAGCUUUGCCCAACACCUGGUCGUCUAAUGGUUAGACGGAGACCUGGAGAGGCCUACAAGCCACAGUAUCUCACACCCACUAUGACAUUUGGUGGAGGAUCGGUGAUGAUCUGGGGGUGCUUCAGCAAGGCUGGAAUUGGGCAGAUUUGUCUUUGUGAAGGACGCAUGAAUCAAGCCAUGUACAAGGUUGUCCUGGAAGAAAACUUGCUUCCUUUUGCUCUGACAUUGUUCCCCAACUCUGAGGAUUGUUUUUUCCAGCAGGACAAUGCGCCAUGCCACACAGCCAGGUCAAUCAAGGUGUGGAUGGAGGACCACCAGAUCAAGACCCUGUCAUGGCCAGCCCAAUCUCUAGACCUGAACCACAUUGAAAACUUCUGGAAUGUGAUCGAGAGGAAGAUGGAUGGUCACAAGCCAUCAAACAAAGCCGAGCUGCUUGAAAUUUUGCGCCAGGAGUGGUAUAAAGUCACCCAACAUCAAUGUGAAAGACUGGUGGAGAGCAUGCCAAGACGCAUGAAAGCUGUGAUUGAAAAUCAGGGUUAUUCCACCAAAUAUUGAUUUCUGAACUCUUCCUAAGUUAAAACAUUAGUAAUGUGUUGUUUAAAAAUGAACAUGAACUUAUUUUCUUUGCAUUAUUCGAGGUCUGACAACACUGCAUCUUUUUUGUUAUUUUGACCAGUUGUCAUUUUCUGCAAAUAAAUGCUCUAAAUGACAAUAUUUUUUAUUUGGAAUUUGGGAGAAAUGUUGUCAGUAGUUUAUAGAAUAAAACAAAAAUGUUAUUUUUACCCAAACACAUACCUAUACAUAGUAAAACCAGAGAAACGGAUAAUUUUGCAGUGGUUUCUUAAUUGUUUUCCACAGCUGUAUAUACACAACACUAUAUAUACCACCCUAUAUAUACAACACUAUAUAUACCACACUAUAUCUACCACCCUAUAUAUAUACAACACUAUAUAUACCACCCUAUAUAUACAACACUAUAUAUACUACCCUAUAUAUACCACCCUAUAUAUACAACACUGUAUAUAUUACCCUAUAUAUACACAACACUAUAUAUACCACCCUAUUUUCUAUUUAUAUUAUACUAGUGCCCCUGCAAAUAGUUUCUUACCUCCAUUAAUUAAUCGUUAAUUGAAGGGAAGGUCCUCUGUAGCUCAGCUGGUAGAGCACGGCGCUUGUAACGCCAAGGUAGUGGGUUCGAUCCCCGGGACCACCCAUACACAAAAAAAUGUAUGCACGCAUGACUGUAAGUCGCUUUGGAUAAAAGCGUCUGCUAAAUGGCAUAUUAUUUAUCAUUGAUCACAGAACUAAUGCAACAUGUGGACCAUUGAAGUCAUUUGCUGAUGCACUGAUAAUGGUUUCUGUUUUAUGACAUGUCAUAUGCAUGUACAAUUAAUGGGGGGGAGCUGACACACACACUCUACCAUUACAUUAAGAGAAGUGCAGAAAACACACCACAUCAGCUGAUAUCUAUAGACUGAGAAUAUAGGCCUGUCUAAAGCCUGUUUGUUGGUUACUGGGUAGCUGCUAGGGGUUUGUGUCAUAUGAUGCAGUAUGAGCUCGUUAAAAACAGACAACCUUCACCAGCUACAAACCACAGAACAAACCACAGAGUACUCAAUGAUAGAGAGAAUACAUGUGAGUUUUUCAGCGAGUGUUUUUUUUGGGCUGUUUUGAGGGAUGACUUAGUUUAUAUAAAUUUUAUACAGUAUGUUUAGAGAUAUGGACGCAAUGAGUUGCGACCAGGUUCCGCACUUGAUCUCAACUGCGCUGGGAUGAAGGGACAAAGUGCAUGCAGUUCGGUAAGAGUGUCUGUCUUUAUGUCUGUCUGUCUGUUUGUCCGCAGAAUCUGUACGCACCACUUCGACCUUGGGGUGUGUGUGUGCGCGCGCCCCCUGCAUGCGUGCGUGUGUACGGAAUCCAGAGAUGGAAGGACGAUUCAAGAGUGUGAAAUGCACGUUCCCAUCCCAUCAAUAUCCCACCCACCCGUUUGCCUGCUUCCCCGGCCCCGUCCUCCCCCGUUCUACCGAUCUGGUCGUGUUGUUUAUGAAAACCGGAGAAACCGGAUUUCAUUAUCAAUAUUCCUUCAGUGAUUCACAGAACCCAGCGACACAGCAUGACUGUAGUGAGCUUCUGACGUCAGCAGGGGAGAAUCAUCGAAUCGUCCGCAGCGCGUCCAAUGAGCGGUGUGCAUAGGCUACAUGCUGGAGGAGAGCGGCAAGCGGCAGAGGCGGUGAAACUGCCGAGUGUUGAAGCGAUGCUGACGAAGGGAUAGCGGCAGAGAUCCGCACCAAGCUCCUCUCUUCAAGGACUACUCUACAUAAAAUAUUUUGCAUUUUUAUCCAGCGGUGUAAAAGAGGGAAAAGGACACAAAGAACAGGUAAUUUAAAUAUAUUUUGUAUUAUUAUUCUCUGCCUAUCUCUGUGGCGUUGUCUCUCUCUCUCUCUCUCCUCUCUCCAUCCCCAUCUAUAUCCCCCCUCUUCUCUCUCCCUUCUCUGUCUCUCUCUCUCUCGCUUGCUCUACAGUCACGGACUGCGCUUGGGAAAAAGCAAUGCAGUUGAAUGAAACUGGGGUAUUGUUAGCGCAAAUGGAAUGAUGCUACGUCUUUAGCCUACAUAUACAUAUGUUGAUGUGUUUAUUAAUAGAUCGUUUGUUGACAAUAAAACACAAUAAUUUAAAAGAAUUGAUGUAUAGAUAGAAACCAUCAAAAGGAACAUUUAUUGCAGUUUAGUGACCUCAGUCCUGUGUGUGUGUGCGCGCGCGUGUGUGCCUGUACGCGCGUUCGUGUGCGUACGUGCAUGGGAGAGAGGUAGGGGAAGGAUGGAGGGAGGGAGGGAGGGAAGAGAGGAGACGAGAAAUUUGUGAAUGGAGCUUGCUGGUUUGGCGCGCACUGGCGGAGUUAAAAUUAGCUCGGUGAUUUCUGUCUGCGCAACUCUAGAAUCAGAAGGAUCUCGCGGAUUCUAAGCGCUGCUGCGCGCUUGCGUUCAUAUUUGGGAUAUUUUGGCAUCUCUGUGCGUGCUUUGUUCUUUAUAUAAAACCGUGUUUAACGUUUUUCUAAAAAUAGAAUCCUUCACUGCAAGGUGAUGACUCCAAGCCUAGGAGGAUGGCUCUAUUUCAGACACAUAUGUCUGGUAAGAAUACAACACAAUGAUUUUGUUUUCGCUUUGAUUUGGAUAUGUUUUAGAUGUUGCUGUUGGUUCUCAUAUUUAGCCUACUGUUUCAUAAGGUUAGGUUAUUGCUGUUCCAUUCAGUAGGAACAAAAGGAAAGCAAUUUCAAGAUGAUUCAAUACAGAAUCGAGAAAAGCCAUACAAGACUGUGUCAGCACAAGAAGUGUUAGUCGGGAGCUUCAUGAAAUGGGUUUCCAUGGCCGAGCAGCUGCACACAAGCCUAAGAUCACCAUGCGCAAUGCCAAGCGUUGGCUGGAGUGGUGUAAAACUUGCUGCCAUUGGACUCUGGAGUAAUGAAUCACACUUCACAAUCUGGCAGUCCGACGGACGAAUCUGGGUUUGGCGGAUGCCAGGAGAGCGCUACCUGCCCUAAUACAUAGUGCCAACUGUAAAGUUUGGUGCAGGAGAAAUGAUGGUCUGGUGCUGUUUUUCAUGGUUUGGGCUAGGCCCCUUAGUUCCAGUGAAGGGAAAUCUUAACGCUACAGCAUACAAUGACAUUCUGGACGAUUCUGUGCUUCCAACUUUGUGGCAACAGUUUGGGAAAGGCCCUUUCCUGUUUCAGAAUGACAAUGCCCCUGUGCACAAAGCGAGGUGCAAACAGAAAUGGUUUGUCAAGAUUGGUGUGGAAGAACUUGACUGGCCUCCACAGAGCCCUGACCUCAACCCCAUCGAACACCUUUGAGAUUAGCCAGGCCUAAUCGCCCAACAUCAGUGCCCGACCUCGCUAAUGCUCUUGUGGCUGAAUGGAAGCAAGUUCCCGCAGGAAUGUUCCAACAUCUAGUGGAAAGCAUUCCCAGAAGAGUGGAGGCUGUUAUAGUAGCAAAGGGGGGGACCAACUCCGUAUUAAUGCCCAUGAUUUUGGAAUGAGAUGUUCGACGAGCAGGUGUCCACAUACUUUUGGCCAUGUAGUGUAUUAUAGAGGUCAGUCCUUUUGGGUGCCCAGAUAAUUUAAUUAGAAAUCCCAUCAUUGGAUGGUUCGGUAGUUGGGUUUCUCAAGGGACUCCAUAGGCCAGCAUAGCUGACAUAACCAUAUUACACUGUCCAUAUUACCUUGUUUAAGGGAUAAAUCAGUGAAGACCACCUCUUCCAGGACAAUAGAAGGCAAAUAAUCAUGUCUAAACCAAUUUAGGAUGGAGCGAAAUGCUAGUGCCUGGAAAUACAAUUUAAAGUUUGGUACGGAUAGUCCUCCUUUGUCUUUCCCACUUUGUAAGUUUGAUAAUUUUAGCAGAGAUUGCUUACCUUGCCAUAUGAAUUUUGAAUCCUCACUAUGAAUUGUAUCCCAAUAGCCAGAAGGGGGAGACAUGGGAAUCAUUGAACUACAGAAAUUCAGCCGUGGCAAUAUAUUCAAUAGAUAUUCUGCUGUUUAAACUGGGAUGUUAGUCCGUCUAUUGAGGUCGGAUUGAAUUUAUUUGAGAAUUCUGUUAAAGUUUCUGGCAAUGGUUUUAUCUAAGGAAGGAAAUAUAUAUUCCCAAAUAUUUAAAAUGGGAAACGAUGGGGAUUCCAUAAGUAGAGAUGGAGUCCUCCAUCGGGUCUUGAGAGGCAGUAGGGCAGAUAGGUAGAUUCAUUUUAUAAUUUGAGAUUAAGCUGAAUUUAUAUAUGAUCUUUAAUGUGUUUAGGAGCGAUCAAGAUGCAUUGUCUAGACAUAGUAUUGUCUGCGUAUAAUGAGAUUAAGUGAUCAGUAGAUUUGAGGGAAAUGGGUGUUAUUUCCUUUGAUUGACGAUUUGCCUGGGCCAGGGGUUCCAUGGAUAAUAAAAAUAGCAAAGGAGAAAUUGGAUCACCCUGUCUGCUGCUUCUAGGGAUUCUGAAUGAAGCAUAGCACAUAUUGCCUGUUGUGCUAUGGCUGAGGGAUUGGCAAAUAGUAUUUUAAUCAUAUUAAUGAAGACAGACCAGAGAUAUGACCAUUCAAAGCCUUUUCUGCAUCGAGAGAUAAAACAGCCCAAGGAGCUGUUGUUUCUGAUGAAGCAUUUAAGAUAUGUAAUAGUUGACGGAGGUUCUCCGAUGAUAAACUUUUUUUUAACAAACCCGCUUUGGUCUGUGUGGACCAAUUUGGGGUAAGUAAACCUCGAGACUGGACGACAACAUUUUGGAAAACAUUUUAAAUAUCUGUGUUUAUCAAAGAUAGGGGGCGAUAGUGAGAACACUGGGUGGCAUCCUUACCAUUUUUUAAUACAUCUGAAAUUAGUGCUGUAUUCACAUCUCUCCCUAACGAACCUCUGUAAACGGCUAUGUUAAUCAUUUCGAGCAAUACUGGACCUAAUUGAUUCCAACAUUUUAAUUACACCUCAGCGAGAAUACCAUCCUAUCCAAACGAUUUGCCUUUAUUCAUGCUAUCCAAUGCUCUUUUGAGUUAAUCGAGAGAGAGAGUUGGGCUCCCAGCGAUGUGGCUUCUUCUGUUGAGAGAAGAGAAGUUCUUAAUUAUUUUAAAAAAGGACUUAGUCUGGCUUGGUGUGGAUUUAUGAUCGGAGGUGUACAGUUCUUUAUAGAAGCGGGACAGUCUUUGAUUGAUUAAUUUGGGUUCUGAUAGUAAUUCUCCUGUUUCAGAUACAAUAGUUGCUAUAUCAGUUAAUUGAUCACGACUGCGUAGCUGAUUGGCCAGUAAACAGGAAGUAAUGGUUGAGUCUAACUCGAUGGAUGGCAAAUUCUUCUCUCUGUCUUAUCAAUAAAUAAAGUUCUGCCUUGACUUUGGAAAGAGUAAUAGCUACAAUGAGGGAAAAUUAUUUGAUCCCCUGCUGAUUUUGUAUGUUUGCCCACUGACAAAGAAAUGAUCAGUCUAUAAUUUUAAUGGUAGGUUUAUUUGAACAGUGUGAGACAGAAUAACAACAAAAAAAUCCAGAAAAACGCAUGUCAAAAAUGUUAUCAAUUGAUUUUGGAUUUUAAUGAGGGAAAAAAGUAUUUGACCCCUCUGCAAAACAUGACUUAGUACUUGGUGGCAAAAACCUUGUUGGCAAUCACAGAGGUCAGACGUUUCUUGUAGUUGGCCACCAGGUUUGCACACAUCUCAGGAGGGAUUUUGUCCCACUCCUCUUUGCAGAUCUUCUCCAAGUCAUUAAGGUUUCGAGGCUGAUGUUUGGCAACUCGAACCUUCAGCUCCCUCCACAGAUUUUCUAUGGGAUUAAGGUCUGGAGACUUGCUAGGCCACUCCAGGACCUUAAUGUGCUUCUUCUUGAGCCACUCCUUUGUUGCCUUGGCCGUGUGUUUUGGGUCAUUGUCAUGCUGGAAUACCCAUCCACGACCCAUUGCCCUGUCUGAGGGAAGGAGGUUCUCACCCAAGAUUUGACGGUACAUGGCCCUGUCCAUCGUCCCUUUGAUACGGUGAAGUUGUCCUGUCCCCUUAGCAGAAAAACACCCCCAAAGUAUAAUGUUUCCACCUCCAUGUUUGGGAUGGUGUUUUUGGGGUCAUAGGCAGCAUUCCUCCUCCUCCAAACACAGCGAGUUGAGUUGAUGCCAAAGAGCUCGAUUUUGGUCUCAUCUGACCACAACAAUUUCACCCAGUUCUCCUCUGAAUCAUUCAGAUGUUCAUUGGCAAACUUCAGAUGGGCAUGUAUAUGUGCUUUCUUGAGCAAGGGGACCUUGCGGGCGCUGCAGGAUUUCAGUCCUUCACGGCGUAGUGUGUUACCAAUUGUUUUCUUGUUGACUAUGGUCCCAGCUGCCUUGAGAUCAUUGACAAGAUCCUCCCGUGUAGUUCUGGGCUGAUUCCUCACCGUUCUCAUGAUCAUUGCAACUCCACGAGGUGAGAUCUUGCAUGGAGCCCCAGGCCGAGGGAGAUUGACAGGUGUUUUGUGUUUCUUCCAUUUGCAAAUAAUCGCACCAACUAUUGUCACCUUCUCACCAAGCUGCUUGGCGAUGGUCUUGUAGCCCAUUCCAGCAUUGUGUAGGUCUACAAUCUUGUCCCUGACAUCCUUAGAGAGCUCUUUGGUCUUGGCCAUGGUGGAGAGUUUGGAAUCUGAUUGAUUGAUUGCUUCUGUGGACAGGUGUCUUUUAUACAGGUAACAAACUGAGAUUAGGAGCACUCCCUUUAAGAGUGUGCUCCUAAUCUCAGCUCGUUACCUGUAUAAAAGACACCUGGGAGCCAGAAAUCUUUCUGAUUGAGAGGGGUCAAAUACUUAUUUCCCUCAUUAAAAUGCAAAUCAAUUCAUAACAUUUUUGACAUGCGUUUUUCUGGAUUCUUUUGUUGUUAUUCUGCCUCUCACUGUUCAAAUAAACCUAUCAUAAAAAUUAUAGACUGAUCAUUUCUUUGUCAGUGGGCAAACGUACAAAAUCAGCAGGGGAUCAAAUACUUUUUUCCCUCACUGUACCUGGUCUGAAAAAAGUGUUUGUUGAGAAUGUACUGACACAGUUAACAACAUUUGCAAUUCGGAUAUCUUCUUUAAUUGUGAUUUAUUCAACCCAGAUGCAAAUGCUGUUGCAUUAUUUUUAAUAAAACCUUUGGUGGCAUCCCAUAGAAUCCGAGGAUCAUCGACUGAAUUUAUAUUGAUAAUUAGGAAUUCAUUUAGUUACAUUUCAAAUUGAAUCGCCAUCUUGUGGCUCUUUUAGGAGAUUCUGACAUUUGUAAUUGGCAGUAUUAGGCGUGGUGAUCGGAAAAGCUCGUGUCGAAUUUCUAUUUUUUUUAUUUUAGAAUAUAGAGAUGUAGAUAAAAAUAUAAAAUCGAUUUGGGAGAAUGUUUUAUGCCUGUUUGAGUAGAAAGUGUACUCAUUUGCUUUUGGAUUACUAAAGACGUUUCCGUGAAAAAAACGAUUUUGGGAAUGUCUCAUGGUCUGACAAACACCGCUUUAGCUCGGCCACCUUCCACCGCAGACAUAGGCGGAUGCGGUGGAUUGAUGCAUUGACCCAUGCAAAACAGAUAUCUCUAGCUUAAAACUGACGGAUUUUGAUGGGGAUUAUUUUAUUACAUUACUUAGAUUGAUGCACGGGUGCAUUAAUAGAGGCAAUUUUCUUUCCAUUAUGGAUACAUUUUAAGAAAAGUGAUUCUGCCUUCUUGGUCGUCGCCUUUACCCAAGAUGGUGAUUUAGAGUUUCUUCUUUUGAAUCAUUAUGAUUACACCUUUAGUUUUGUUUAGGACUGAUGAAAAAGCAGCCAGUUUGUACAAAUUGUUCUGCAUUCUAUGUGACAUCCUUAUGGAGCAGGUGUGUUUCCUGGAGCAUUGCUAUAUCAACAUGGUUUCUUAAUAGGAUUUCAAGACAGCUGGAACGUUUGAUAGGACCGUUUAGAUCUUUCAAAUUCCAAGAGAUAAUAGCUAGUGUUGCCAUGGUUUUUCAGAAAGGAAUGAUAUGUUAAUGAUAUAAUUAGGAAUUUGAAAGGAUUUAUAGCAUUAACUUUUACUUUUGAUACUUAAGUAUAUUUAAAACCAGAUACCUUUAGACUUUUACUCAAGUAGUAUUUUACUGGGUGACUUUCACUUUUACUUGAUCCAUUUUCUAUUAAGGCACGUGUCCAACUCAUUCCACGAAGGGCCGAAUGUCUGCGGGUUCCCUUGUACUUGAUUGAUGAAUUAAGUUCACGGAUUAGUAAGGAACUCCCCUCUCCUGGUUGUCUAGGUCUUAAUUGAAAGGAAAAACCAAAAACCAGCAGACGCUAGGCCCUCCAUGGAAUGAGUUUGACCCCUGUAUUAAGGUAUCUAUACUUUAACUCAAGUAUGGCAAUUGGGUACUUUUCCCACCACUGAUGGAUGGUUGGAUGGAUGGAUGAAUAGAUAGAUGGAUAUAUGGAUAGAUGAAGGGAGCGUUUGUUUUUAUUUGAGAAGUGAAUCAUUGCAUUAUUCCUCUGUAGUGAUGGACACCUCUGCUAUCACUCUCUCUCUCUCUCUCUCUCUCUCUCUCUCUCUCUCUCUCUCUCUCUCUCUCUCUCUCUCUCUCUCUCUCUCUCUCUACCUUCCCCUCUACAUCCUUCCCCUCUCCCACAACUCUCCCCUCAUCUCUCCCACCUUGACUCAUCUCCUCCUUUCCCUCUCCAGCAUGAUGUACUACAGUACCCAUAAUGCUCUGUAUUCUGUAUCUGGUUUGAUCUACUAAACACGUUCCUAAAGCUAACACUAUGGUGUCCCGUCUCCUUAUUAAUACAGCCUACUCUCUCUUCUUCUUCUUCUUCUUCUUCUUCUUCUUCUUCUUCUUCUUCUUCUUCUUCUUCUUCUUCUUCUUCUUCUUCUUCUUAUUCUCCCCCCUUUACCUCCCUCCAUCCAGAUAUGAUCCUCUCCCUAGCUGCAGCUAUGAGCAGCGGCGGCAUCCCCCAGAACACUACUUCCUCCUCGACCUUUGACCCCUCGUCCCUGGACCCCUGGCUUGACCCCUACCCUGACCCCUACCCUGACCUCCCCGGGGUUAACGCCUCCUCCUCCGCCGUCCCCGGCCGCACCUAUAACUCCGACCUUGACUUACGACCUCUGACCUCACAACAGGUUAGACAUGAUGUCAUCAAGUUUAGUUUACUUUUAUGUUGUGAUUGGCUGAUUUCAUUGCUUUAAAAAAAAAUCUUACUGGAUAAGUAUAGUGACCUUUGGGUGUUUUGAGGAUUGCUUAACAUAUAAAUGCUCAUUAUUGUUGUUGUAGUUGGUAUGAUUAUGAUGAUUUGUAUUGUUAUUGUUAUUGUUAUUGUUAUUAUGGCGAUGAUAAUCAUGGUAAUGGCGAUGAUAAUCAUGGUAAUGAUAUGAUGAUGAAUAUUGUCAUCAACAGGAUGUCAGCCCAUGGGAUGUGGCGUUAUGUGUCACGGGUACCCUCAUCGCCUGCGAGAACACUCUGGUCAUCGCCGUCCUCUUCUACACACCGACCCUCCGAGCCCCGAUGUUCAUCCUGAUUGGCUCGCUGGCAUUCGCCGACCUCCUGGCGGGUCUCGGUCUCAUCCUGAACUUUGUGUUCACCUAUCUUGUCGAGGGAGAGGUCGUGACCUUGGUUGCCACAGGGAUACUCAUCGCGGCGUUCUCGGCGUCCAUCUUGAACAUCCUGGCGAUCACCGUGGACAGGUACGGUGAUAUUUAUGUCUCUCUUUAUAUCUUAUGAUUAUAAUUGCAGGGAUACAGACAUUUUCUCAUUUUCUGACUUUGCUGAUAGCUGCUUUGUUGAGAAAAGUUAUACUAACAAUGACAGUGAUAUGUGGUGUAGUUGAAUGAUAUCUUUGUAUUUUUUAGCAUUUGCUAAAGGACCAAAAUGUAAACGUGAAUGUAAAUUGUUGCUCUGUAGCUCAACUAGUGCAUGAGUAAAACACGGACUGGACUUCGAGUAAUGUUCACUGUGUUACAGGUACCUGUCGCUGUACAACGCGUUGACCUACCACACGGAGCGGACUGUCCUCUUCACAUACCUGGUGGUAGGGGUCAUCUGGUUGGUGUGUCUGGUCCUCGGCGUCCUCCCUGCGCUCGGGUGGAACUGCCUAGAUGACCAAUCAACGUGCUCAGUCUGUCGACCAGUCACCAAAUCCAACGCAGUCGCCCUCGCCGUCUUCUUCCUACUGGUUUUCGCGUUGAUGAUGCAACUCUACCUACAGAUCUGUCGGAUCGCGUUCCGUCACGCUCAGCAAAUCGCAGUCCAGCAUCAGUUCCUCGCUAUUUCCACGACCAAAGGAGUCCAGACGCUCUCCGUGAUUCUCUGUGCCUUCGCCAUGUGUUGGCUACCAUUUGCUAUGUAUUGUAUCGUGGCGGAUUCGAGCUAUCCUAUCAUAUAUACAUACACUACGGUGCUGCUGGCGGCGUGUAAUUCAGUCAUAAAUCCUAUUAUAUAUGCGUUCAGGAACCCGGAUAUACAGAAGGGGCUGUGGUUGGCGUGUUGUGGAUGUGUCCCGUCAAAUCUGAGUCUGAGACCUCGAGCCAGAACCUCCAGUAAUGUA